AUGGACUUCGGAGAAGCUAUUCCGCUUGGCAAACCCUCCGUGGGAGUGCCAACAAUGUACCUCGUCUCAAGUUUCCUCAUCAUCGGCCUCUACAGCCUCUAUCGCCAACUCCUCCCGAAGCCCCUCCCUGGAAUCCCCUACAACGCUCUGUCCGCGUCCUCGCUUCUAGGCGACGGCCCCGACAUGGCGCGCACCGUGGGAGCGACCGGCGAAUUCGGCCCCUGGUGCGCGGCACAGAUCGCCAAGGCCGGAGCGCCACUCUGCCAAGUAUUUGUGCGGCCGUUCUCCCGGCCUUGGGUCUUGCUAGCCGACUUUCGCGAGGCACACGAUAUCCUCGCCCGUCGCACAGCGCCUGCUCGCGACGCUGACUUCGAUAAAUCUAGUUUUAUUACUAAUAGCAUGAGCUGCUUGGGGGAUUUCCAUGCCGCCAUGCGCGCGUCUACGCGUGAGGGUAGCUUUAGGAAUAAUAGAGCGCUCAUGCAGGACCUUAUGGCGCCGAAGUUCUUGCACGGAGUUAUUGGACCGGUGGUACAUGGUAAGGGCUUAGAGUUAGUAAGGCUGCUUGAGGCCAAGAUACGUCUGGCGGGUGAGAGGCCGUUUAGCAUUAAGAUGGACUUGGACUACCUCUCGUUAGAUGUUAUGUUGUAUUUCGCGUUUAUGGCCAAUUUCGAGCAGACAAACCUAGGCCCACAGAUGGAACUGAUAUCGCGCAUGACUGCUGCAGACGUGUCAGAUGGACAUGUUGACGAACCGGUCACAUUUCCGGAGACACCGGCCGGGCCGUUCAUCGCUGCGGUGCGGUCGGCGCCGAAGCUGGUUGAAGCCUGCAUUGCCUCCUUAGUACCGCGACUCAAUCUCUGGUGGUGGAAGAAGCAAUCAUGGUACAAGAAUAUGUUUUUGCACAAGUAUCAAGUUCUUCGUGAGCAGUUUAUAAAGGCACUUAAAGACUACCGUAACGGCGAGGUGCGGUCGGCCGCCGCGUACAUGCUGAUGCGGGAGGAGCGAGAGGCAAAGAAGCAUGAUCAUGCCCCGGUAUUUGAUAUUGACGUUCUUUCUGAUGAGCUUUUUGGCGAGCUCAUCGCCGGUAAUCACACUACGGGUGGCGCUCUUGGUUGGCUUGUGAAGUGCCUUACUAGCUACCCGCAUAUGCAAGCCAAGCUUAGAGAGUCCUUGUAUACCGCUUUACCGCAGGCUAUCACAGAUGGCCGGCCCCCGACCUUUGAGGAGCUGCGUCGGACAAGGCUACCUUACCUUGACGCCUUCAUCGAAGAGACGCUACGCCUCAAUCCGGUACCUGUAACGCGUGAGACAAUUCGCGACACUACGAUCCUCGGUCGCCCCGUUCCUAAAGGCUGCCAGAUCUUUCUGGUAUCUAAUGGCCCGGGUUUCCUCGCGCCAUCCUUUGCUGUCCCUGCAUCGGAGCGUAGCCCAGGAGCACGAGAGACCAAAUGGAACGAUCGCUGGGACGAGACGGAGGACCUGCGGGCAUUUAAUCCGGAGCGAUGGCUCGUUCGUAGCGGCGACGGGGAUACUAAUGUGGAGUUUAACGGGACCGCCGGGCCACAACUGGUGUUUGGACACGGGGUGAGAAGCUGUUUUGGGAAGAAAUUAGCGCAGAUGGAGUUGCGGAUAGUAUUGGCGUUGCUUGUGUGGCAUUUUGUAAUGUUAGAGAUUCCCGAGGCACUUGCUGGAAAUGAGGCAACGGAGGGAAUUGCGCGAAGACCGCAGAAGGUGUUUGUAAGGUUGAGGAAAGUAAUUAAUACGUAA